CGGGGGGUGGGGAGCAGUUGGAGGGGCGUUUGUGGGCAGACGGGGAGCGAGGCAGCGGUGCAUGCGAGCGAGCUGGCAGACAGCGGGCAGAGCCUCUGGUAGUCAGGUUGCGUAUGACUUGACUGGGUAGUGGUACAUUGAUAUCGCAUAGCUGUUUGUUGGAUGCCGAGUGCUGUCAGGCCAUGGGAAACAAGGCGACGCGACAGCCCGCUGUAGGGUACAAUGGGGAAUUUUUUUUCCAGCCCAGAAGCGACGACAGCGACGAGGAAGUAGAAUCGGACGCGGCAGCUGCGGGGCCCAGCCAGCCAGGCAGCCGGCAACGACAACCAUCGCACCGAGCUGACCGUUACCCUCGAGAACCUCAAGUGGGCGACGUGUUUGUGGGUGUUUACAACUUUCAAGGCCGGACUGAACCCGAGCUCUCCUUUGAGCGUGGCGAGAAGCUUACACUGCUCCGGAGACUUGAUGAGAACUGGUGGCUGAUGAGGUCACAGCGCUCUGGCAAGGAGGGCUACGCUCCCAGCAACUACAUUGCACCGUUUAAAGAUAUCAAUCGCAAUCCUUGGUAUCACAGCAACAUUUCGCGCAACACCGCAGAGUACCUCUUGAAAAGUGGCGUUGACGGAUCCUUUCUUGUGCGCGAGUCCCUCAGCAGUCCUGGGGAAUAUUCCAUCACGCUCCGCUGCGAUGGAAAGGCACGUACACAUUAUCGCAUCAACCAUGAUGCCCGGGGCUAUUUUGUGGCUGCUGGCAAGUUCUUUGCCACGGUGGAGCAACUGGUGGCGCACCAUGCCGUGGUUGCCGAUGGCCUUGUGGCCUGUCUCAAGCAGCAUCCCGUGGAAAAGGCCGAGGCCAAGCCAUUGGUCCUGUCAAAAGAGGAAGACGAACAAUGGGAGAUUGCACGAUCAGAGAUCGUCUUGGGGCAUCGCCUGGGCGAGGGCCAAUACGGUGAGGUGUACGUGGGCGAGUGGGGCCCCCAUCGUGUGGCCAUCAAAACCAUCAAGGAUGGUGCUAUGGAGGCGAAGGACUUUAUGAAGGAGGCUGACAUUAUGAAGCGGAUGCGCCAUCCCAACUUGGUGCGACUGCUGGGCGUUUGUACGCGAGGCGGACCCCUAUUCAUUGUGACCGAGUUUAUGAACAACGGCAACCUGCUAGACUUCUUGCAAUCUGAGCGCGGCCGUGCCGAGAUUGACCCCACCUCCAUGAUGCAUUGCGCCCUACAAAUUGCUGAGGGCAUGAGCUUUUUGGAAGAAAAGCACUUCAUUCAUCGGGAUUUGGCAGCGCGCAACUGCUUGGUUGGCGAUAAUUUGCAGAUCAAGUUGGCCGACUUUGGCUUGGCUCGCUUUGUCAGCAGUGAUUUCUAUGAAGCAGCCAUUGGCAGCAAGUUUCCCAUCAAGUGGACGGCACCCGAGUCUUUGUCGCUGGCCAUCUUCACCAUCAAAUCAGACGUUUGGGCUUUUGGUGUGACUUUAUGGGAAAUUGCCACCUACGGCUCAGCACCGUAUCCCGGGAUUCACCACAGCAAGGUGUUGGACAAGCUCAUGAUGGGCUAUCGCAUGCAGCGGCCCGAAGGUUGCCCCAUGGAAAUUUAUAACAUUAUGCUUCAAUGUUGGGAUGUCAACCCCGACCUGCGACCAUCAUUUCACAAGCUCAAGCGUCAGCUGCAAAGUUUGUAUGGCAAUAGCAGCAUCGAGGCCGAGUUUCCUACCAGCGCGCCAGCGGAUGCUGUCCGUGUCGGUGUCUCUGAGGGUGCAGAGAUUCGCGAUCUGACCAAGCGCAUUAUGACUCAGGCAUGUUUUCUGCUGGAGAACCAAGAGACAUCCGAGUUUCUCAACCGUCUCAACUUGCUCAUCGUGGACACACAACAGCUGAUGGGUGCUUGCGGUGCUGUGCUUCAAAAAGGCCAAAACGUUGAGGCGGACCAGGCCAUGGAUUCGUUGCGACGACGCUUGCAAGCCAUCAAUGUGGCAGCAAUGCAUCUUUCGCAGCAUGUGUUGAAUGAGGAAGGCUUCAAUCAAUUGCUGAUAGGAUUGCAAAAGGUGGCUGGUGCAGCAAAGGCGGUGGCUCAAGCUGUCAAAGCGAGCAGUUGA